CGCCGCUCCUUCGGCUGUCCGAGAGCAAAGAGCUGAGAAAUUACCGACGGCCAUGGCGACGUCAAAGCGGCUCGCAUUGCUGGGAUUCCUCGUCUUGCUUUUAGUCGGAGGCUUGAUGUGGUUGGGAUGCCAGAAAUACGACGGAGUAAGUAAAAAAGCUGACAAUGUGCAUGGCCUGAAAGACUGUCAGGACUGCGAUAAGAAAAAGGAAAAUGAUGUCUCAAUGGAAAACUUUGCUGAGGAUGUUCAAUAUGUAAAUUCAGAUGAAGGAAUUGAUAUUACGGUGGCAUAUACCGAUGUUUCUGGUGAUGUCCGUACACAUAGAAUCAAUUCAAGAGAUUUAUCUUCUUCCUGGGUGUGGGAGAAUCCUGGUACAAUAGAAAAAGUGAAAGUGAGAGAUUGGUCACCUCAGCAAAUUAUGAGCAAAUCAAAAAAUGAUAUUCGGCCAUUUGUUGAUCAAAUCCAACAAACCAAUUCUGUCACCCCCUUAAAGCUUAAAAGACAGCAAUUGAAACAAAGAAGGAGAGAAAAGAGAGCUGCAGAGCUGAUCAAUAUGAGUGAAGAAACUGAACUUGAGAUUCAGGCUACAGCUAUUAAGCAUUCAAAAGAGUUCAACAGCCCAACAAGACGAAAAUACACUAUAUGGAGAAUAGAAUAUCAGAAUCCAAACUCUGACUCCAUUUUGAAGCUCAUGAAAGAUCAGAUCAUAAUGGCGAAAGUAUAUGCCAGCAUAGCUCAUUCCAUGAAAAAGUUGGAUCUUUAUGAAUCUUUGGUUAAACACAUUAGAGAAAGCCAACACUCCAUUGAAGAUGCAAGUACAGAUACUGAUCUGCAGCAAGGUGCUCUCGAAUACGCUAAAACAAUGGGCCGUGCUUUAUCCAUUGCUAAAGAUGUGCUCUACGAAUGUGAUUUGGUGGAUCAAAAGCUUCGAGUCAUGAUUCAGUCUACGGAAAAAAGCAUUAAUACGAUUAAAAAACAAAGCACAUUCUUGAUACAACAUGCUGCAAAGACAUUUCCCAGACCACUCCAUUGCUUUCCCUUACACUUAACCACUGAUUACUACUUGCAUGGACACCACAGCAAACAACUCUCAUCAGAUAAUAGCAAGCUUAGUGAUGCAUCCCUUUUCCAUUAUGCUAUAUUCUCAGAUAAUGUACUUGCAACCUCUGUGGUUGUGAACUCAACAGUAGUACAUGCAAAGGAACCCCAGAAACACGUGUUUCACAUAGUUACUGAUAGACUGAAUUUUGCUGCCAUGAGAAUGUGGUUCAUUAAACAUCCUCAUUUACCUGCAACAUUAGAAGUGCAAAACAUCGAUGAAUUCAAGUGGCUUAACUCAUCUUACUGUGCAGUUCUUCGCCAGCUUGAAUCUGCGAGGAUCAAAGAAUACUACUUCAAAGCCAAUCAUCCCUCGUCACUUUCUACCGAGAAUGAAAAUCUUAAGUAUAGGAAUCCAAAGUACUUGUCCAUGCUUAACCAUCUUCGGUUUUACAUGCCUGAGGUUUAUCCAAAGCUUGAUAAGAUACUGUUCCUUGAUGAUGACAUAGUUGUGCAGAAGGAUUUGACGCCCAUUUGGUCUAUUGAUAUGAAAGGGAUGGUGAAUGGUGCAGUGGAGACCUGCAAAGAGAGUUUUCAUAGGUUUGAUACCUACCUGAAUUUUUCAAACCCGAAGAUUUCAAAUAACUUUGACCCGCAGGCUUGUGGUUGGGCGUUCGGCAUGAACCUUUUUGACUUGAAGGAAUGGAAGAGGCGCAAUAUUACCGGAAUAUAUCACUACUGGCAAAACUUGAAUGAGGAUCGAAAGCUGUGGAAGCUGGGCUCACUGCCUCCAGGCCUGAUCACAUUUUACAACCUAACAUAUCCUCUUGAUCGAAGAUGGCAUGUUCUUGGGCUGGGCUAUGAUCCUGCUGUUAACUCCAUAGAGAUUGAGAACGCUGCAGUCAUUCAUUAUAAUGGCAACUAUAAGCCAUGGCUUGAUCUUGCUGUCGUCAAAUACAAGCCAUACUGGUCCAAAUUUGUCAACUUUGAUGACCCAUACGUACAGUUCUGCUCCAUCCCCCAUUGAUUCUUUAUUCUUUCUUUUCGCCAUUUGGCGAAGCUUUUCUUUUUGAUUUGGAGAUUUACAUACAUA